GUGCUGCGCUCAUGCGUCGUGUCUGGCGGCGGCGGCGGAGCGAGCUGUGGGUGGCGGUGCCGGUAGCGGUGAAGUCGCUUCCUCUGCGGCCUCAGCCCCUUUGCAUAUGUGUCUCUCUUCUCUGUCUUUAGAACUCCAAACAGGAGAGUGGGAAGCCUACAUUUUGUGAUUAGGUUUGAAGCUUGGAGUUUGGUGGUGGACCUGCCUGUAGUAGCAGAGAGGAAGUAGUAGUUCAGAUGGUCCUUCUCAGAUGUCACUGUUUCAGUAGAACUAGGGAACUUCAAGAAGCAGGAAGUGCACUGUUCAGAAGCUAUUGCAAACAAGGGAUUUCAAACUCUGUUUCUAGCAGGGUGUAAUUCAGCAGUUUCUUCUUCCCCACAUUCUUUGAGGGAGAAACUAAAAGACUUUGGUGGUGGCAGCUUUGAAAAAAAGGCUUGCUCUUAGUAACACCAAUAGCCAGUGCUCCAAGUACUAAAAAAGAAAAAAAUACCCUUCACUGCCGUUAUACAUGAACGUUCAGUGACAUCAGAGAAAUUGGCAGAGUUUAGGAAAAAUGACCUUUUCAUGAACUUCUAUGAAGAAUGCAAAUGAGCAAGGUGUGAGCUUCAAUGCUUUUGUCCAUGAAAACUCUUAGAGAAGAUGGCUGAUGUAAGCCUGAAGGAAGCAGCACUAAUCGUUGGUGUGGUGGCAGCCUGCUACUGGAACAGUCUCUUUUGUGGCUUUGUUUUUGAUGAUGUUUCAGCGAUUUUGGACAAUAAAGAUUUGCAUCCUUCUACUCCGUUAAAAAAUCUGUUUCAGAAUGACUUCUGGGGCACUCCAAUGUCUGAGGAGAGGAGUCAUAAAUCUUAUCGUCCCCUCACAGUUCUUACGUUUCGCUUAAACUACUUGUUCAGCGAGUUAAAUGCAGUUUCUUACCACUUCCUAAAUCUGGUAUUUCAUGUGGUGGUUUGUGUAGUCUUCCUCAAGGUCUGUAAGCUUUUUCUGGACAACAGGAGCAGCGUGGUUGCAUCCUUGCUCUUUGCAGUGCACCCAAUACAUACUGAAGCGGUAACUGGAGUUGUGGGCAGAGCGGAGCUUUUAUCAUCUAUCUUUUUUCUAGCUGCUUUUUUGUCAUAUACAAAAUCUAAAGGGCCAGAUAAUACCAUAGUGUGGACUCCAAUUGCAGUGACUGUGUUUCUAGUAGCUGUUGCAACACUGUGUAAAGAACAAGGAAUAACAGUGGUGGGGAUAUGCUGUGUGUAUGAAGUGUUUAUUGCUCAAGGGUACACCUUGCCAGUGUUGUUGGACACAGCUGUACAGAUUCUUCGAGGGAAGGGCAGUAUUCCUUACUCUAUGCUCCAGACACUGUUGAAGCUCAUAGUCCUAAUGUUCAGUACACUGCUGCUUGUAGUUGUUAGAGUCCAGGUUAUCCAGUCUCAACUCCCAGUGUUUACAAGGUUUGAUAACCCAGCUGCUGUUAGUCCAUCCCCAGCAAGGCAGCUGACUUUCAACUACCUCCUCCCUGUAAAUGCUUGGCUUCUUCUCAACCCCUCAGAAUUAUGCUGUGACUGGACAAUGGGAACUAUUCCUCUUGUGGAGUCUUUGUUGGAUGUUAGAAAUGUCGCCACCCUUACCUUCUUUUGCUUUCUGGGAUCUUUGAUUGUCUUCAGUCUCCGAUAUCCUGGGGAUUCCUCCAAGACUGUAUUGAUGGCACUCUGCUUAAUAGUGCUACCAUUCAUUCCUGCAUCAAACCUCUUUUUUCCUGUUGGAUUUGUCGUAGCAGAACGAGUGUUGUAUGUUCCUAGCAUGGGAUUCUGCAUUUUAGUAGCACAUGGGUGGAAGAAAUUAUCAAAUAAAAGUGUGCUAAGAAAAAUUUCUUGGGUUUGUUUGGCUGUGGUACUAUUCACUCAUGCCUUAAAAACACUGCACAGAAACUGGGAUUGGGAGUCAGAGUACACAUUGUUUAUGUCAGCUUUAAAGGUAAAUAAGAACAAUGCAAAACUAUGGAACAAUGUGGGGCAUGCGUUAGAAAAUGAAAAGAAUUUUGAAAGAGCUCUGCAAUUCUUUAUACAAGCCACACAAGUGCAACCAGAUGAUAUUGGUGCCCACAUGAAUGUAGGAAGAACUUACAAAAACCUGAACAAAACUAAAGAAGCUGAAGAAUCAUAUAUGAUUGCUAAAUCAUUGAUGCCACAGAUUAUUCCAGGUAAAAAGUAUGCAGCAAGAGUUGCGCCUAACCAUCUGAAUGUUUAUAUCAAUCUUGCAAACUUAAUUCGAGCAAAUGAAUCUCGCCUUGAAGAAGCAGAUCAAUUAUAUCGACAAGCAAUUAGUAUGAGACCAGAUUUCAAGCAGGCUUACAUCAGCAGGGGAGAAUUACUUUUAAAAAUGAACAAACCUCUGAAAGCUAAGGAAGCUUAUCUUAGAGCUCUGGAACUAGACAGAACCAAUGCAGACCUGUGGUACAACUUGGCAAUUGUUUACAUUGAACUGAAAGAUCCAUCAGAAGCACUGAAGAAUUUCAACCGAGCACUAGAACUCAACCCAAUGCAUAAACUAGCAUUAUUCAACUCAGCACUGCUAAUGCAGGAAUCUGGUGAUGCUCGGCUUAGACCUGAAGCUAAACAAAGACUAUUACAUUAUGUGAAAGAGGAACCACAGGAUGCAAAUGGAUACUUCAAUUUGGGUAUGCUGGCAAUGGAUGACAAAAAAGAUAUGGAAGCAGAGGCAUGGAUGAAGAAAGCUAUAAGCUUACAGCCAAACUUCCGAAGUGCUUUGUUCAAUUUGGCGCUGCUUUAUUCCCAGACAGCAAAAGAAUUGAUGGCUUUGCCUGUCCUGGAAGACCUACUGAGAUACUACCCUGAUCAUACCAAAGGUCUGAUUUUGAAAGGAGAUAUCCUUAUGAACCAAAAGAAGGAUAUUGUUGGAGCAAAAAUGUGUUUUGAAAAAAUUUUGGAACUGGAUCCCAACAACGUACAAGGAAAACAUAAUCUUUGUGUGGUUUACUUUGAAGAACGAGACUUAGUAAAAGCGGAAAAAUGUUUGGUUGAAACACUAGCACUGGCACCUCAUGAAGAGUAUAUUCAGCGUCAUUUAAACAUAGUCAGAAGUAAAAUUGCAUCACUUAGUGCUACGGAACAGUCAUCGCUUCCAGCAGAUGGGACUGCAACUGUAGCUGCAGAAGAAAAAAAAAAUUCAUUUCAAAAUUUGAAAGGAGUAAAAAAUGAGCAGAAACCCACCCGAACAACAGUUGAUAACAAUAAAGGGCACUCAAAAAAUAAGAAACAAACAGAGAAAAACAAUAUGGACAAAGAGACUCCCAAAAAAUCUACAAAAGAAAUCAAAGACAUUGAGAAAAAGAGAGUUGCUGCUUUGAAAAGACUAGAAGAGAUUGAACGUAUAUUAAAUGGUGAAUAGUCUUUAUUAUGCCACAGUAGAAUAAGAGGAGAAUACUAUUUUUAAAUGUUUAAUAUGUGAUCCAACUGGAAAGUGGUUUCAGUAAUUUGAAAAUAGAAAUAAUGUUGACUGCAUAUCACUUAGCAAGCAGCAAAAGGCAUUACAAUGCUUUAUGUGAGAAAACUGCAACUUUUAAAUAUGAUGUGGGAGACGGGGUGGGAAUCAAAGGAAAAAAGGUUGAGAAUAAUCUUAAAUGCAGAAUCCUAAUAGUGAGAAAAUAGCACUCAUGUAAAUCAUUGGUAGUCAGGGAUAUUCAAUAAUGCUACUUUCAAAGAAUCAGUAUAAGAACUGAGUGGAGAAUUAAUGGGAUAAGCCAGACACUGCUGCUUUCCCCCAUAUAAAUCUGUUUGUAUUAACAUUGUCUGCAUUUCAGUUUACACAUCAUCAGUUUACAUCUUUCUAGACCUCUGCUAUACAUGAAAAAGAGUUUUUCUUUGCAUUAUUUGUUUCCAGAACUUAACAAAAAAUCAUCAAAAUGCUACUGGUUGUAGUAUAGGAGGAUGCAACAACACACUAAAUUUUUCAGUUACAUUCUAAAUAUGGAAUGAUAUAAUAACCUUUUAAUUGUUCUUUACUUACAACGCUAAUGAUUUUUACUGUUUUAUCUGAUAGAAAUCUUACGGUGCUCUUAAGAUCUUCACACUAUGCUUUUACUUUUAAAGGAAAUGUGAGGUUUUUCUUCAACUGUCAAUCAUCUAGUUGUUUUUUAAAAAUAUAUAGAAAAGGGUGGUUUUCUCACUUUUCCCCCAGUUCAUUGAAUGCUGAUAAAUGCACUUUUGGUACAGUAACCAGUAUGCUAUGCAGUAGUCCUUGUUGACUUUGUAUCGAUGGCUGUGGAUUGACUCCUUGGUGUAGUAAAUUCUUCCUUGUUUAUAGCAAACUGGCUUUACUAUUUCUGUCAUUGGAACAGUAUUUCUGUUCUCCUUUUUACAACACUAAUACAAGCAAUGAUUACUGAAGGCAGUGUGAUAAUAAUUAAGCCACUGAAUUUAGCAAUGUUUAGCACAAGGAAGUGUAGAUAGUGUCCUUCCAAAUACUAAGUUCUGUUGUUUUGAUACUUUGUCUUGGGGGUGUGUUUUUUAUUAAAUAUUUAUUUUGACUACUAAAAUAUUCCCACUUACAUUUUUCCACUAAUGCAUCAUUUUAACUUCUUACAUGAAAUGAAAAUCUUUGCAAUUUCAGUGUUGCUUUUAUCCUUGUGCAAUGCAUAUAUUUUUGUUUAAAUACUCUACAGAUUACCUAAACCAAAUGUUUUCCAUAAUUAUGAGGAAAAAAAAGAAGUGUAAGAGCUGAGUUCAGUGAUAAUUUAAUUAAUCAUUAAAUGUUACUCUUCAUGUUUUGUCUUA